AUGUAUACCUCUACCGUGACCGGAUUAUCCCUUAUUGCCCUUAUAACUUGGGCCUAUGCCUCGCCAUUACUCCAAGGACGCGCUACUUCAGAUCCUGGUGUUUUCGCUGAGAUGCAGCGAGCUGCCAAGUUGUCAUCUGCGGCCUAUACGGGCUACACAGGCACGGCCUUUGAUGCGACCAUCACGACGCAAUUAAACGACAAGGCCACUGAUACUCAGGGCUUCAUCGGGUACUUGACGACCGAAGGGCAGAUUUCAGUCCUCAUGCGUGGGUCUCCUACAACUGCUGGCAGCAGUAUAUAUUGUCACGGUACUCGAUCCGGUGUGACAUUCCCCUCUGGAGUCCAGGUCAUGGAAGACGUCUUCAGUCCCUGGAGCUCCAUCCACAAAAAAGUCAUUCAGGACAAUUUUCCCGAUAAUAAUGUUACCAGCAAUGCGCUUGCUGCAUUUCCUAUUGGCAACUGUGAUUUUGCUGCUAUUGGGACGGACCACCCUGGGCUGUUGAGACGGGUCAAUAAUGAAGAUGAUGGCGGCCGGUGGGAUUUUUCUUCUUCUUUUCAUGAGUUAUUAAUUGCUCUGCAGGAGACCUACAGCUAUGGAACGGAGGAAACUUGUCUCUUGUGUAACGGGAGCAUGGGUGUUACCGAGGGGCAUUUUUCCAGCUUUGGUGUUGAACUAGGCUAUGCGGGUUGUUUUAGUGGCAUCUAA